AUGUCUAUACCUACGUUUACACAGCAACUGCCUUUACAACAACCACUGUGGAUACAAAUUGAAGGCACAGAGGCUACAGCGCUCCCUGCUGAGUUGCUAUCGUGCUCCAACUUGGACCGUCUCGCACCCAAACUCUGUGAAAAGUAUAAGGAAGUACUCAAAAACACCUCCCCACUGGUGCUCAAAUUCAUUUUUGACAACCAAGAGCUUCGCCGAGACACUAUACUUUCGAGUCUCAGCACGACUGGUGGCACACCUCUCGUCAUUCGCUACCCGUUGUCAGGUCGCAAGUUCCGUUUUCGCUUCCACCUGUCAAGAAGUUCGUUCAAAAAAGACUUUCCACACACAACCGGGCUUUGGUGCCUUGUGAAUGAUGCAAUUUUUACGAAGUGGCCCAAUGAAAUUCAAGAUAACAUGAUCUACCUCACUGAAAGUGGUAGAGGGAAUGACAAGAUCGAAAUUACCAGUGAUUUCGAUCUUCUUACUUAUAUUGAAGAAAACGGAAAAAAUGAAAUCAGUUUUUCUGUCCAUAUAAGAGGUAAAAUACCAUUUAGUGACUGGCAAUGGAGAGAUAUUUUGGACCUUAUAAAAGCUGAAUGGCCAUCUUACAGCUAUAUACCCCCUAUGUCAUUCGACGGGCUUCCACAAGAAAAUUUGUCAGAAAAAGAGAUUAAUUUACUACUUGACGAACUUAAGAAAAAUAUAAUUGCUUUUCAAAACAUCGCGGAGAAUGAAAUGACCUGCAGGGAAUUUAUAUCUCCUUUUCUCACAGCAGCCGUCAGCCAUUUUCAAACUGUGGAAAAAGAUCUUCGACUUCAUGCUGAAGACUUUCUUAACGGAACUCGGGCAUAUGGUCCUAUAGAUUAUACAAUAAGAUCUGGUGGUUUAAUUGUCUGUGUCACAGAAGUGAAAAAAGAUGACACUUUUGAGAAGGGAGUGGCACAAAACAUAGCACAAAUGCAUAGUGCUGUGGAGAAAUUAGGGAAACGCAAAGCAGAUGUCCUUUCAGAGUCAGGAUCAAUGGCAGAAAUGAAGUCGAGAAAACCCUCCCAAUGCAGCAACAGUCAUUCUGAGUCAGAGCAAGAGGAGGUACCAGUUUUAAUGUAUGGCAUUGUAUCCAAUGGGAUAAAUUGGGCAUUUCUUGAAUGGGCAGGACCUUCAGAUGAUGCUACCUUGCAUAUCUCUGCCAGGUUUAUAUGUAGUAUUGAUGCAGAUAGUAUCACUGGUGCAGUGCAGGUUCUAGAGCAUAUUGUAUCCAUUGUCCAAAGCCAAAUUAAUGCUAUCAAGGAUCCUAGCAAUUGCAGACAUGUUAAGAGGGUCAAAUGCCGAUGA